AUGUCGUCUCCAAAUCUCUUCCGGCCUCUCAAGCUCGGCAGAAUCGAGCUCAAGCAUCGAAUUGUUAUGGCCCCUGUCACGAGACUCUUCACAGACGAGGAUCACGUCCGACCGCCGUUGGCGGUAGAACAUUAUGCCCAACGCGCCUCUGAAGGUGGUCUCGUCAUCGCCGAAGCUACUGUUGUGUCCCUGGAACUUGGUAGCGGCAAGCAUACUCCUGGCAUCUGGACGUGUGCCCAGAUCUCCCGGUGGAAAGAAGUCACCAACGCCGUGCACGCCAAGGGGGCGCAUAUCUUUCUUUCGAUAGACUCGCUUGAGCCACUGGCGGACGCGGCCAUUUCGACGUAUACAAGAGGCCGUCAGGCCAGCGGAUCAAGCGAUACAACAUCCUUCGAGAGAUCUGAUUCGCCUUCCGAGUCUCAUACUCACGCCUUGAACGAAGAAGAGAUCAAAUCAACAACCAGAGCAUUCGUCAAAGCGGCAAGGAACGCAGUGGCAGCAGGCUUUGAUGGUGUUGAGGUAGGCGCCAACGGAUACUUCAUCUACCAAUCAUUGCACAGACACCUAGACAGAUAUGGCGGCCAUGUCGAGAGCCGCGUUAGAUUUGCCCUCGAAGUGACGAUCGCGAUCGUAGACGCCAUAGGUGCUGACCGUGUCGGUUUCCGCAUGAACCCCUCUAGCGCUUUCCGCAUGUCCAGUCUUGCGCCCGAGUUUGCGUCUCUCACUCGAAAGCUCAAGGAGCUACAGUUAGCCUACGUCCACAUUAUCAAGUCCCAUGCAAUCACCAACCUCGAAUGCGACAAACACGAAGGCAUCAAGCCUUUUCUGGCACUCUGGGCCCAGACUUCGCCCAUCCUUAUUGCAGGAGACUUCACGCCGGAAUCUGCCAGAAGUGCCCUUGACACCGAAUAUCCCGACAGCGACGUUGCCCUUGUCUUCGGCCAACAAUUCCUUGCAGUCCAAGAAGCAGAACAGCCGGAUGACAAUCCCCUUGGUUUCCAGAUUCCAGAGCUCAAGAGCCUGAACGCCAGUUUCUACACUGGAUUUGUAUGA